UCCUGUAACACAAAUCUGGAUCAGUUGCAUUUUCAGACACAGUUCAUCCUCGUCACCCUGCUCACACAUCAGGAGAUUCUCUGGAAGAAACUUUCUUUUUAAAACCAUUCUACUUCCUCUACCUCAAUCUUACUAAUCUUUAACACCUCAAGGCAUUUUAAUUUACGAUUCAUAACUUCCUCUCUUUUCAUAGUCCUGAACUGGCUGAAAACUUUCUCUGUUGAGCGUGCAGAAAUGUUUUAUUGUGUUUUCUUUCUUUCUACUUAGGUCAUCAAAAACUAAACACAUAUUCCUGCAGUUCCUCUACUAACAAAAAAAUAAACUUUGCUAUCCCAGACACACUUCCAAUAUAUUACAUCUCCUCUCAUUAUUCUAUCCUAUUCCCUUACUCACUUUUUCUCCCCAUUAUCUUUUAUCUGUCAAUCUGUUGGUGUAGCCCCUGCCUGGGGAUGAGUGGACAGGAGGGAGACGAGGGCUCCAGUGGCUUUUCUCUGGAUAAAGAAUUCCUUCGUUCAUUGAAAGGGAAGCUUUUGCUGGCAGAGCUGGUCCUCUGCUUUGUGAUAUUUAUCUGUUUUGCUGCAUCCAUAUCCUCCUAUCUGGCGGCACCACUGAUUGAGCUCAUCAUCACCCUUAUUUUCCUCAUCCUCUACUCAAGUCACUACAAUGAGCGCCUCGCCGCUCUCAACUGGCCCUGCACGGAUUUCCUGCGCUGUAUCUCAGCUGCUGUCAUUUUUCUGGUAGUCUCCAUUGUGGCUGCAGCCCGGAGUUCAGGAGAUGGUGGAGCCAUUACAGCAGCUCUCUUUGGCUUCAUAUUGGUUGGUGUGUUUGCUUAUGAUGCCUACAGCAUAUACAAGAUGGAGAUUGUCAACAAAUCAGCAGAGAGAGGUGCUGCUGAUGUGUGAGGACCAUGCACCAACACUAAUAUCAGACUCUCUGGGAUAUGACCUGGGCAUUUUAACAUCACAUGGUUCAUUUUUCAACCAUGAUGAAUUUAAACCUUUUCCCAUUUUUGGCUUAUUCUGGAUUCACAUUGUGUAUGUUUACACUCCUUUCAUGAGCCAUAA